UCCGCAUGUACUGAGGCCGGAGGGACCCGCACAGCAGAGACACAGGACAUAUGGCCAAAUCCUUGAGAGAUGUAUAAGUUUUUCCCAGAGGUGUUUUUACAUUGAAGAACGAGUGAAAGUUUUCUUGCUGCCUGUACUCACUGCUUCUUUAGACUUCAUCCUGGUUUGAUCUGAAGGUAAACUCAGCUAAUCCUAUGCACGCCAGCACUCCCAUCAGCUCUUUGUUCUCCUUCACUAGCCCUGCUGUCAAACGGCUGCUUGGCUGGAAGCAAGGAGACGAAGAAGAAAAAUGGGCAGAGAAAGCGGUGGACUCGCUUGUGAAGAAACUGAAGAAGAAGAAAGGGGCAAUGGAAGAACUGGAAAGGGCUUUAAGUUGUCCGGGGCAGCCUAGUAAAUGUGUCACCAUCCCGCGUUCACUGGAUGGGAGGUUACAGGUGUCCCAUCGCAAAGGUCUCCCCCAUGUCAUCUAUUGCCGGGUUUGGAGGUGGCCUGAUCUGCAAUCCCAUCAUGAGCUGAAACCCAUGGAAUGCUGUGAGUUCCCUUUUGGCUCCAAGCAGAAGGAUGUGUGCAUAAAUCCCUACCAUUACCGUAGGGUGGAAACACCAGUGUUACCACCAGUGCUUGUUCCAAGACACAGCGAGUUCAACCCACAGCUAAGCCUUCUAGCAAAGUUCCGAAACACCUCGCUUAAUAAUGAACCACUUAUGCCGCACAAUGCAACUUUCCCAGAGUCUUUCCAGCAGCAGCCCCCAUGCACUCCAUUCUCUUCCUCACCGAGCAACAUCUUCCCUCAGUCCCCAACCACGGUGGGCUAUCCAGAUUCCCCUCAGAGUUCCGCUGACCCAGGAAGCCCAUACCAGAUCACAGAGACACCCCCUCCGCCAUAUAAUGCUCCAGACAUUCAAGGAAAUCAAAACAGACCCACUGCAGACCCAGCUGCAUGCCAGUUAGUUCUGUCGGCACUAAACAGAGACUUUCGCCCAGUUUGCUACGAAGAGCCUCUGCAUUGGUGUUCUGUUGCUUAUUAUGAACUGAAUAACCGAGUAGGGGAGACCUUCCAGGCCUCCUCACGCAGCGUCCUCAUUGAUGGAUUCACGGACCCCUCUAAUAAUAAAAACAGAUUCUGCUUAGGGCUUCUGUCAAAUGUCAACCGCAACUCCACUAUUGAGAAUACCCGCAGGCACAUUGGGAAAGGGGUUCAUCUUUACUACGUGGGAGGCGAGGUGUAUGCAGAAUGUGUGAGUGACAGCAGCAUUUUCGUACAGAGCCGCAACUGCAAUUACCAGCAUGGCUUCCAUCCUUCCACCGUCUGCAAGAUCCCCAGUGGCUGCAGUCUGAAGAUAUUUAAUAACCAGCUCUUUGCCCAACUUCUUUCCCAGUCAGUUAACCAAGGCUUUGAGGUUGUUUAUGAACUGACGAAGAUGUGCACCAUUCGAAUGAGCUUUGUCAAAGGAUGGGGAGCCGAGUACCACCGACAGGAUGUAACUAGCACCCCCUGCUGGAUUGAGAUCCACUUACACGGGCCUCUGCAGUGGCUGGACAAGGUUCUGACACAGAUGGGCUCACCGCAUAAUCCAAUCUCUUCUGUAUCGUAAACUCUCUGCAGCCACAUAUGGCAAGCAAUGGCAUACUGUACUAGCUUGCCCUUAUAUAAAAGAGCACAUAAUGCUAGCCACACAUAUCUGCACAAAAGGCUCCAUAACCCAUGACUUAUCAUAAUCCUUUUAGCUCUGACUUUCAGGUGUUCUGCGUCCCCCGCCCCAUAUAUAUAUGGGGCUUCACUUCACACUCUCAUUCCAGGAAACAGAGCCACCAUCGAAGGGGACAGGUGGGAGGCCAGUCAGAGUCCCCCCAUCACAGUGGAGAGCCUGUACAUACAUGGUGGUCCUGAAUUAUGGCUCCCAAAAAGAAUAGGACUUUAUAACAUGGAAUGAGGUUUGGCCUAGAGACCUGAAGCAGGUUGGGGACCGGCUGAAUACCCACAAAAUGGUUGGGUUUUGGGUGGCGUUUGGCUUUUAAAGGAAUGCAUUUCUUUUAUCUUUACCUGUCUGAUCCACCUCCAGAGUGAUGCGGAUCCUGGGUUCAGGUAGUGGGCCAGGGUAGGGCCCAUAGUGGGGUGGCGGGUCGGGUUGCGGGUUUGGACCAGGAGUGGGUGUUUGGUAAAAUAGGGCAUGUCCUGGGUAGGUCUGGGCUACCAUUCUACUCAGUGGGCAUUACACAAGGUGGCCCAGCUGGGCAAAGGGCUAAGAACCCAGUAGUAUGGGUGCCCAUGAUUUCUGAUGGUGGCCCUGCCAGGAAAAAGUAGAUUCUAAAUACACUCCUUCAAGUUCCCUACUCCUUGCUUUAAAAACCUUACAAGUAAUAACCUUAUAUCAGGUUACUUGGGGGAUAAUGAUUGAGACCUGGGCCCCCCAUUAGCAUUUGCUUUAUUUACACCCAUGGGUUAGUGCUACAGAGCCGGCUGAUAUGCAAGCAAAGCCCAUGUAUAGCUGCAUGAACAAUGUGCCCUUUUAUAAAAGAGCCAAUCAUCUUCAGGCCUUACUGUUGCCAUUUUUGUCAGCAGGUAACUAUUUGCCUUGUAAAUAUAUGCAUUUCACUAGUACUGUGUUUUUAGUGUCAUGGUUAGAUGUUCAUGUGUUUUUUAUAUAUAAAUAUAAUGUACAUACUGUUUCUAUGGAGAGAGCACUUCACUAGUACUGACUAGAAGAAUAAGGGCGGAACGGAGUGUUACUUUCUUUCUGUCGGCUUCUCAGAUGGAGAAGCAAAGUAGUCCGGGUCCAUGCACUUAAAUACGGUACGUUUUGGACAAUUUAUGUGUUUUUUGUUUUUUAAAGAAUUAUUUAAUUAUUUUUAGAUUUCUCUUUUUCCUUCCUGGUUCCCAUAUUGCUCUGUACUGCAUUGUAAGGGGGAAGAUUUUUAUAUUUGUUUUUUUGUAUAGUGAGUUAGAGAUAAAGACUGUCGUUCUGACAUAUAUAGGGAUCUAGCAGCCUCUGCCACUGACCCUGCCAGCUCUUUUAUUCAGGAAUGCACCCCGCCCCCUUAGUUGUAAUGGGCCUCUUACUUAAUCCAGAAUAUUAAAAAGAACUAGAUCUCUGGAUACCUGGAUAUAGAACAGAAAGUACCGGCAUGUCCUCUGCCACUGAUCUGGAAUGGACAGUUGGUUCUGAUUGGGUCUCACAUGCUAUUCCAUACAGCAUUGUGAGCGUAUAUCACUAUAUAUGUAGUGUUGCUGGCCAGGUAGUCACUGUAUCUCAUCCUGUGCUUCUGGUGUGCUGGCUCUCGGGGAUAUACUGUAAUAUCUGAGAUAUACUCUGUCCGAUGUCAGAUGUAUCAAUCAGUAAAUAAAGAAGUAAGAUACCAA